GGUGUCGGUUUUUCUUUAGAACCGAUGCCUAUAGUUAUAUAAAAAUGCCGGCCUUUUUUGUGUUUUUAGCCCAUAGAGGAGGGAAAAGGCCUAUAGGUGCUGGUUUUAGUAUUUCCAGUACCUAUAGUGAUGGCAUCUAUAUGAUGUUCAUAUACUAAUCUAUCUUGUUGAUUUUUUUUAUUUUUUCCAUAACUAUUUGGAUGAGAUACAAAGUUUAGAAUCCACUCCCCUAUGAUGCCCUCAAGCCAUGCCAAUGGCAUCGUAGAUGACCUCCUAUCCCUAGAUCGACGCUUCCAACUGUGACCAAGCAGAUGGAACACCGCCACUGCAACUAGCUACCAGAUCUCAACCAAGGUCUCCAAGUCUCAAGGUACGGAUGUAAGUGCGCUGUCGCACUACCCAUAUAAAAACCCGUGUUUUAGUUUAUUUAAUAUAAAAUUUAAAAGAAAAAACGGAAAAGAAAGCCCACUCGCCCCAGCUGCGCUUGCAUACCUACCUCGAGGCGUCCCUCGCGUCCAGGUCAAGUCCCCCUUCCAUGCCCUCGUCUAAGGAGUGGACGACGGACGUCACGAAACGGCAUGUGUGCCAGUCGUUUUUGGUUGAUCGGAUCACGCGGACGGACGAAACAGCGUGACAUUACAUUUUUUUCUCUCUUGUUUUUCGGCGGCUGCCGCGUCUUCUUCUUGCUCCUCUGGUAAGGUGUACUACCUCACAUGCCUAAUGAGAGGAAAAUAUAGAAGAGCGCGUUGACACCGUUGACUUUGGAUUUUCCGUCUCCUUCCUCCGAAGUGCAGAGAAGAAAAGGAGGAGCUGAGCUGAGCUGAUUGCUUGAUUCCUCGCUCGUUCAAUCUACUCUAAUCUAUCUCUAUAGGAAGGGAAACCCAAACCAUAAUGCAAAGCCGUCUCGCAGAGGAGUUGCGAGCGCUGAAGUUCGACCGUGUUUGGCGGCCAAGUCCUCAUCGCUCGGAAUCGGAUGGCGGCAGCUGCAGCUACCGCAACUCGAUCCAGCGGGUCGUCACCGCGUCCGUUGCCGCCGCGUCCACCAGCAGCACCACCCUCGUCUUCCCGUCGAGUGGCUCGGUCACGAGCUCGUCUUCGGCAUCCUUUACCUCCUCCGCUCCCGGCUCGGAGGCGCACGGUACUCCAAGCUCCGGGCCCGAGAGCUACAGGUUGCUGCGCGGGGAGGCGUUCCGGGGCCUCAGCGAGAUCGCGAGUCAUAUGGUCAGCGACAGGUACACCGAGAGGCUAAUAACGGAGUUCUCCCGGCCGCGGCUGGGGAGCGGCAGCGGCGGCGGCGGCGGCGGCGACGAGAUACUGCAGACCUGGUUCUCCGACCUUGGCGUUGACUGGGUUCUCAGAGUCGACGAGAUGAACCUGCAGGAGAAGCCAUGGAGCGGCGUGGAGGAGAUGAUCAAGGGGUGGCUCGCCGCGCUCACCGUCAUGGCGGAAGCCCUCCGUCUGACGAAGGCCACCCUCAGCAGCGGCGAUGGCGACUCCGGCGGUGUCAUUCCGGUGCUUCCGAUCGAGAAGUACAGGCCACAGAUAUCUGCACCGGCGUGGAUCGACGACGACCACGCCGGUGUUACAUUACAUGAUGUAAGUCCUGGCUCUGGCUCGUCGAAUCUCGACCAAGAAAGCUCAGAUCCGGCUCCAAACACGAGCAGGAGCAGGAGCAUUGCCAUUGCUACGGUCAAGCAAGCUAUAACAGCGUAUUCCCAAGCGGCGUCAUCGAGGUCCUACAGGUACGACCAGCACGGAGCUGCAGGGCCUGAAUUCCAAUUCGCGCUCUUCGCCAAGGCAAGCCUGGUGAAGAUGAUGUGCUUCCCGGACGCUAUCGCCGCGCUGAGCAGAUCGCCGGAGAAGAUCCUCCGCGUGAUCGACAUGUACGCGGUGGUCUCGGGCGUCUCCCCGAGCCUCCUGGCGCUGCUCCCCGGAGCGACCAAAUGGUUGGUUUCCGAGAGGAUCACGGCCGUGCUCAAGACGCUGAGCGGCAUGAUGAGGGGCAUACUCCAUGAUCUGGAGAGUCUGAUCCGAGAGGAGGAUUCGUGGCGGACGACGGCGCAGGGGAACGACAUCCACCCGGUCAAUCAAAUCGCGACGUGCUGGUCCAGGAGGGCGAGGACGACGACGGCGACGACGAGCUGUUCUCCAUCGGGGAGCUAUACCAGCUCGCGGAGGAGAAAUCGUCGCUGACGAGCACCGUCGCCAGGCUGAUCAACUCGGUGGACGCCAUGAUCGAGGACAGGUCCAAGAUGUACGCAGCCGCCGGCGGGCGGAUGCACAUCUUCCUGCUCAACAACGACCACUUCAUACUGCAGCAGGCGGAGCCUUCGUUGCAGUCGUUCAUGGGCGCCUACUGGUACGCAAAGCGGAAGCAGCGGGUCGAUCGGCGCAUCAAGGAGUACCUCGAUCUGUCCUGGGGAAAUGUCGUCUCGUGCCUGGGGUACGCAGGGCAGAGCCGCAGGAGGUCGUCGCUUUUCCGUAGUGUCUCGGCGCUGGUGGAGUUCAACUCCUUGUUGCAGAUAACCUACCACACGGAGAAGCUCUGGAAGAUCAAUAGCCCUCAGCUGCGAACCGUGCUGCGCAAUUCGGUGUGCGGGAAGGUAAUCUCUGCUUACCGAGCCUACCUGGAGACUCAGGGACAGGGCGGCCAGUUAGGAACAUCAGCCACGUAUACCCCCGAGGAUCUGGAAGAUAUGUUGCAAAAUCUAUUCGAAGGGUGAACCUUUCUUUUCCAUAUAUAUGGAGUUUUGAUGAUGUUUUUCUUCGGCGAGUGCAUGAUGUGCGCGGAACCCAUGACCCAAAGCCAACACGGACAUGAUAGUACUCCCUCCGUUUUAAAAUAUUUGACACCGUUGACUUUUUAGUA